AUGGUUUCUCCAGUGCACCCCUUCAAAUCUUUAGGAGACUCGAAAUGUGUCGUUGAUGCCUAUCGCCAAUUGUAUCGCCACGGGCUCAAAGCUGUGAAUUACUCGACGCCGGCUCGAUACGUCCUUCUCCACACCCUGCGCUGCUCUUUCCGUUCAUCCACUCUAGGAAACCUGGAUCUACAGAGAGUAGCCAAUACUGUUCGAUUUCUCCAGAGAGCAUCCGAAUCUGCAGGCCUGGAGCACAGGAUUAUGAGGAACUUGAUGUUCAUGAAGUACUGGCAACAUCCCAAAGUCAGGCGGGAUCCCCGACCUAUCAAAGGUCUAGGCGUGGACCCCCAUGAUCCUAAACUUAAAGAGGACGCCUGGCAACAGUUCAGUUUGACUCUGAAGCUUCUCAACGAGAGCUUGGGAACCUGUUUGGAAUGA